AAAAAUGCCUUGUUAGGUAAGUGUCUUUUAUUCACGAUCAGAAAUGACCUGCAUGAAGAUAAUAUUUUCCCAAACACGUCGCAAUAGAAUCGGAGGGCUUUUUGGAGUCGCUCUCUUCUCUGGUAGAUUUUUCCACGCGGAGCUCAUCAGAUCCGAAUCCAGCGCACUGCCUGUAAUUCAUCACAGCAAGUAUGUGUGCGAGCUUCCCUCUAACCACAGGUUCCCAAUGGCAAAGUUCCCAAGAGUUUUACACUUUUUACUGCAAGACCAAGUCAUCACAGAGGAACAGGUGUGGAUUCCAGAGAUUGCAUCGAAGGAUUUGCUCAGCGGUGUGCACUCUGAGGAUUACCUGAACAACUUUUUAAAUGGGAGAAUAAAUGAGCAAGAACAGCGAAGGACAGGAUUCCCCUGGAGCGAGGGCAUCGUGCAGAGGUGUCGAUAUGAAACGGGUGGGACUGUUCUUGCUGCUGAAGUUGCUCUGCAGAGGGGUCUGGCAUGCAGUACGGCAGGGGGAACCCAUCAUGCUUUUCCCAGCUACGGCUCAGGGUUUUGUCUCCUCAAUGACUUAGCAGUAGCAGCCAAAUACAUCAAUGACAGUUCACCAAGGAAAAGGAAAGUUCUAAUCGUGGAUUUGGAUGUGCAUCAGGGUGACGGCACUGCCUUUAUAUUCAAAGAAGAGCCUUCCGUAUUUACGUUUUCGGUGCACUGUGGGAAAAAUUUUCCCAUCCGCAAACAACAGAGUGACCUGGAUAUCAGUGUGGACGAUGGGAUGGAGGAUAAGGACUAUCUCUCCACAGUUGCAGACCACCUUCCCUGGCUGCUGCAGACUUUUCGUCCAGACUUGGUUCUGUAUGACGCCGGUGUUGAUCCGCAUUGGGAAGAUGAACUCGGAAGACUCCGUCUAACAGACCAAGGGCUGUACCAGAGGGAUCUUUAUGUGAUGAAGACUGCGGUGAGCGCAGGUGUUCCUGUCGCUACCGUUAUUGGCGGAGGAUACUCUAGAGACAUCGACAAACUGGCCCUCAGACACUCCAUUGUCCACAGAGCAGCUUCUGAGGUUUGGAGGGAAUGUGGAAUGUGAAACCGUGUCAAAGACCUUUUAAACUGUGACGUUUUG